GCCUCAUUUUUUCAGUUCUCUACACUCUCUUGAAAAGCCAAGCAAGAGGAUAAGAGCACAGCAAAAAAUGUCCACGCAUACGUUCGUCGGCACCGUGUUUGAAACUCCAGACCGGCACACCUUGAAUCACAUCCCGGAUGCCCUCAUCGUUGUGCAGAACGGCACCAUCCAGCAGCUGAUUGAUCCCACGAAAGACGCGACUGGCUAUGCAAGUGCUCUACAAGCCGCUGAGGCAGCCGGCACGCUCACGCGGCUGAAGAAGGGCCAGUACUUCAUUCCCGGUUUGAUUGACCUGCACGUGCACGCACCUCAGUGGCCACAGCUAGGAAUGGCGCUGGACAAGCCGUUGGAGGAGUGGCUCCAGCAUUACACUUUCCCGUUAGAGGCGAAAUACAAGGAUAUCGAAUUUGCGGAGAAGUCAUACAGCUCACUGGUGUCGACUCUACUGGCGAAUGGCACCACAACCGUUGCGUACUUUGCGUCCAUCCAUCUCGAGGCAAGUGUGCUUCUUGCGCGAAUUUGUCUUGAUAAGGGCCAGCGUGCGGUCGUCGGCCGCGUCACAAUGGACGCGACGGACCAGUGCCCAGCGUACUACUGCGACCCCUCCCCACAAGAAGCGCUUCGUCUUUCUGAGUCAUUUGUACAGCAGGUUCGCGCGUUGCCCGGCAACACCAAGGAACUGGUGCUUCCUGCUGUCAUUCCGCGUUUCAUUCCAAGCUGUACGGACGAGUCUCUUCGUGGGCUGGGCGAGAUUGCGAAGAAGUACGGAUGUCACGUUCAAACGCACUGCUCAGAGAGCGACUGGGAGCACAACUACGUGAUUGAUCGCUUCAAGAAGCACGACGCGUUUGCCUUGGAUGACUUUGGCCUCGUCACCCGCCGAACCAUCCUGGCGCAUUCAAACCACCUGUCUCACGAGGACAUGGAGCUCAUCAAGGAACGGGGGGCGGCUGUGGGACACUGCCCGCUUUCGAACGCGUACUUUGCCGGCGCCAUCUUUCCUCUCCGCAAGGCGCUGGACAUGGAUAUGCACGUGGGAAUGGGAACAGACAUAUCUGGUGGACCGACUGCCUCGGUGUUUGAGGUGUGCCGCUACUCCCUGAUGUGUGCUCGUGUACUGGAAAGCGGCACCGAUGCUUCUCUUGUGGCGGCGCGGCGCAGCCAGCGAAGUGGUUCGCACGUGAGCAGCCUCGAGGCGUUUUUCGUCGCCACGGCCAACGGUGGCAUUUCGCUCGACCUCAAGAUCGGCCGUAUUGCUCCUGGCUACUUUUUCGAUGUGUUGGUGAUUGACACAACGAUUCCCAACAGCAGCCUCAUGAUCUUUGAGGACCUCGAAACUCCAGAGGAAGUCUUUGAAAAGAUCGUCUACAGCGCCGCACCGCACAACAUUACUCACACGUAUGUUAGCGGACGCCUCGUCUCGCAGCGAUAA